AUGAUCGAGUCUGUCACCUGGAAUCGGGACUGCGUCCUGGAGUACCAGAUCGACAUAUUUUUUGCGCAGACCUGGACGGACAGCCGCCUCCGCUUCAACAGCACCAUGAAGAUCCUGACCCUCAACAGCAACAUGGUGGGGCUCAUCUGGAUCCCCGACACCAUCUUCCGCAACUCCAAGACGGCCGAGGCCCACUGGAUCACCACCCCCAACCAGCUGCUGCGCAUCUGGAACGACGGCAAGAUCCUCUACACGCUGAGGCUCACCAUCAAUGCCGAGUGCCAGCUGCAGCUGCACCACUUCCCCAUGGACGAGCACUCCUGCCCGCUGAUCUUCUCCAGCUAUGGCUACCCCAAAGAAGAAAUGAUCUACAGGUGGAGGAAGAACUCCGUUGAGACGGCUAACCAGAAGUCCUGGCGGCUUUAUCAGUUUGACUUCAUGGGCCUCCGGAACACCACGGAAGUCCUGACCACAUCUGCAGGGGACUACGUCAUCAUGACCAUCUACUUCGAGCUGAGCCGGCGGAUGGGGUACUUCACCAUUCAGACGUACAUCCCCUGCAUCCUGACGGUGGUCCUGUCCUGGGUGUCAUUCUGGAUCAAGAAAGACGCCACACCAGCAAGAACAGCACUAGGCAUCACCACGGUGCUGACCAUGACCACGCUCAGCACCAUCGCCAGGAACUCGCUGCCCCGCGUGUCCUACGUGACAGCCAUGGACCUCUUCGUGACCGUGUGCUUCUUGUUCGUCUUCGCUGCUCUGAUGGAGUAUGCCACCCUCAACUACUACUCCAGCUGUAGGAAACCAGCCAUCGUGAAGAAGAAAACAUCAUUAUUGCGUCCAGACUCCUCAAGGUGGAUCCAUGAGCGGAUAACCCUGCAGGCCCCCUCCAACUACUCCCUCCUGGACGUGCGGCCCCCUCCGCCCGCGAUGGUCACCUUCAACAACGCCCUGUACUGGCAGGAACUGGAGGAGACCUGCGUCUACGAGUGUCUCGACGGCAAGGACUGUCAGAGUUUCUUCUGCUGCUACGAGGAGUGCAAAUCCGGGUCCUGGAGGAAAGGGCGCAUCCACAUAGACAUCGCGGAGCUGGACGCCUACUCCCGCGUCUUCUUCCCCACGUCCUUCCUGCUCUUCAACUUGGUCUACUGGGUCGGGUACCUGUACCUCUGA